AUGCAAGCCUUGAUUCCAGGCUUUGAACGGAACUGUUUCCGGGACGGAGCCGGCGCGAGGGCGGCUGACACGCAGGUUUCGGAAACACUGAAGAGAUUUGCAGUGAAAGUGACCACAUCCAGUGUGAAGGAACGUAGAGAAAUCCUCAGUGAACUUGGAAGAUGCAUUACUGGGAAAGAUCUGCCAGAAGGUGCAGUGAAGGGUCUCUGUAAGCUUUUCUGCCUGACUCUACAUCGAUACAGAGAUGCUGCAUCGCACAGAGCCCUUCAAGCAGCCCUUCGGCAGCUUGCUGAAUGCCAGCCAGAAGCAACCGCAAAGAAUCUUUUGCACUCCCUGCAGUCUUCAGGAAUCAGCAGCAAGUCUGGGGGGUCCAGCAAGAGCAGUGGAUCUGCAGCUUCGCUAGCUCUCUCAUGGACCUGUCUGCUUGUUCGCAUUGUCUUCCCGACACAUGACAAGAGGCAAGGAGAAACGUGGGAGAAGCUAGUGGAAGUUCAGUGUUUCCUUCUGCUGGAGAUCCUAGGUGGCUCCCGCAAGGCUGUGGUGAACGGGGCUGUGAAGAAACUGAACAGACUGUGGAAAGAGAAUCCUGGGCUGGUGGAUCAGUAUCUCUCCAUCAUUCUUCAUUUGGAAGCCAACCAGGGAUAUGCAGUUAUGCUGGGCCUGCUUGUGCAGUUCUGCACCAGUCAGAAAGAUCUCAGCACCAUCAACAAACACAAGGGUGCCCUCCUUGACUUCUACAUGAAGACCAUCCUGAUGAGCAAGACCAAGCCUCACAAACACGUGCUGGACAAUUGUGCGCCUCUGCUCCGGUAUGUGUCUCAUUCUGAAUUCAAGGACCUCAUGUUGCCAGCUUUGCAGAAAUCUCUCUUGCGGAGCCCGGAGAACGCCAUUGAAACAAUUUCUUGUUUAUUGGCCUCGGUCACCCUCGACCUCAGUCAGUACGCUCUGGACAUCGUGAAAGGGCUAGCCAGCCAGCUGAAAUCCAACAGUUCUCACCUGAUGGACAAGGCUGUAGUUGCGCUAAAGAACCUGGCGCUGCAGUGCAGUGACCCAUCCACGGUGGAGUCUUUUGGGAAGCACCUCUUCGCCAUUUUGGGAGGUGCGGAGGGAAAGCUGACCGUCGUGGCUCAAAAAAUCAGUGUCCUCUCAGGGAUUGGUAGUUGCAGUCAUCAUGCAGUUUCGGGGGCAUCCAAUCAAGUUCUCAGCGGAACCAUGGUUGAGCUUUUCAUCCCUUUCCUUCAGCAGGAAGUCCAUGAAGGCACUCUGGUGCACGCCAUUUCCAUCCUUGCUCUCUGGUGCAGUCGGUUCAUCACUGAAGUUCCCAGAAAGCUGGUUGAAUGGUUCAAGAAGGCAUUCAGCCUUAAAGCCUGCACUUCUGCUGUCAGGCAUGCGUAUCUCCAGUGUAUGCUGGCGUCCUUCAAAGGCAAUGUCCUCUUGCAGGGAAUAGAGAUGCUGCCACUGCUGGUCCAGACAGUGGAGAAAGCAGGAGCUCAGAGCACUCAGAUUCCCCUGGUAACUGAAGGUGUUGCUGCAGCUUUGCUAAUCUGUAGACUUUCGGUAGCCGAUGUGCAAAUAGAAAACAAAUUGAACAGCUUCUGGCAGCUCAUUUUGGAUGAGAAAAAACAGAUCUUCACUUCUGAGAAGUUCCUCCAAUCCGCUUCAGAGGAGGUGAUGUGCACAGUUCUACAGCUGACCGAGCGCCUUCUCUUAGACCACGAAUGUCGGUUACCCGGAGCUAAAAUCCAGCAGUAUUACAAAGCCUUGACCGCCGUCCUCCUCAGCCGGUCCUGGGGCGUCCGGAGGCUCGCCCAGCAGACUGUGAGAAAGCUCUUAUCUUUACCAAGAGGAUUCAAGUUAGCUUAUGGGCUUUUAGAAGAGCUAAAAGCGGUUCUCGCUUUACAUAAGGUGCUUCCCCUCGAGGCCUUGGUAACUGAGUCUGGAGAGCUGUCCGAACAGGGCAAGACAUACAUCCCUCCACGUAUCCUCCAGGAAGCCUUGUGUGUGAUCUCGUGUGGGCCAGGGAUGGAAGGAGAACCGGAGGAGAAAGAAAAGUUAGUCUUGGAAAUGCUGCUUGUGAGCAGUCAUCCUUCUUUGGUAGCAGGACAGCCUGGCCUUUGGCCUGCCCUCCUGAUCAAGAUGAAGCUGGACCCUGUUGACUUCAUUACCAAACACCUGGAAAAAAUCUUCAACCGCAUCAUCACCCAGAGCCCAAUGAAUCAGUCGUCCCUGAACGCAGUCGGCUUGCUCUCUGUCCUGUUGCCUGCUAAAGUCCUCCCUCAGCUGAUCAGCACCAUUUCUGCCUCCCUGGAAAACCCAGCCCUGUGUCUUGUGACUCAGGAAGAAUUUGCAAUCAUGAAGAUGCCGGAAGGGGAACUCUAUGACAAGUCCAUCUUGCACAGUGCUCAGCAGGAUAGCCUGAAAAAGGCCAACAUGAAGAGAGAGAACAAGGCAUAUUCUUUCAAGGAGCAGAUCAUCGAGCUGGAGCUGAAGGAGGAGAUUAAGAAGAAGAAAGGAAUCAAGGAAGAGAUUCAACUCACUAGUAAACAAAAGGAGAUGUUGACUGCACAACUGGAGAAAGAAUCUCAGAUGAGAAAACAACUGAAAGAGCUGGACAGUGAAUUGGAAUCCACGCUGGGCCUUUUUGACGCUGUUCUGAUGAGGAACCCUCCCAGCCUCUCCCAGUACAUCCCUGCACUUGUCAGCUCCUUUCUACCUCUGCUCAGAUCCCCCUUGGCUGCUCCAAGGAUUAAGGCCCCAUUCCUUUCUUUGGCGUCGUGCGUGAUGCCCGAUCGCUUGAAGACCUUUGGGACUGUAGCGAGUCACGUGACUUUGCGGAUGAUGAAACCGGAAUGCGAUUUGGAUGAAUCCUGGUGCCAGGAAGACUUGCCCACAGCUGUGAACAGAGUUAUUAGUUUGCUACACACACAUACCGUGCCUGCCCGGAUAACCAAGGGAGAGGAGGGUCCUGUACCAUUAUCAGCCCCAGCAUUUUCCUUAGUCUUUCCUCUUCUGAAGAUGGUGCUGCUGGAGACACCGAAUGACAGUGAAGAGAAGGAAGAGCUGAUGGUGAAGGUUUUGCAGAUCAUCACUGUUCAUGCUCAACUGAGGUCAUCUACCAGUAAUGGGAAUUGGCUGGUGGAUGAGAACGGUCCCGAGUUACUUCCUCGUACAGACAUGCUGCUGCUUCUGACUAAAGUUAUUGGGACAGGAUCUCCACGUGUACAGGUUUUGGGUUCGGUUGCGCUGACAGCCUUGUGUGCCAGUAGCAGUGGAGAGAAUGGUUGUGCCUAUGCAGAACAAGAGGAAAUUGAUGUGUUACUUCAGGCUCUUCAGUCACCGUGCAUGAACGUUCGAGAUGCAGCUCUCCGGGGUUUGACGGAACUGCAAAUGGUGUUGCCCACUCCAGACAGUGAUGAGAAGAACGGGAUGAACCUUUUGCGCCGCCUCUGGGUGGUGAAGUUUGACAGGGAAGAAGAAAUCCGCACAUUGGCAGAGAGGCUGUGGGCAUCGAUGGGUUUAGAAUUGCAACCAGAUAUCUGCUCGAUCCUCAUCAAAGAUGUCAUCCACCAUGAGGAAGCUGUGCGCCAGGCUGGGGCAGAAGCCCUUUCCAAGGGGGUUGAACAGUAUCGAAGCCAGACAAGGGAUGUCAUGGCCAAACUGAUGGAGAUUUAUCAGGAGAAACUCUAUAGGCCCCCACCAGUUUUGGAUGCUCUGGGACGUGUGAUAUUGGAAUCUCCACCUGACCAGUGGGAAGCCAGGUGUGGCAUAGCUUUGGCCCUGAAUAAACUUUCUCAGCACCUGGAAAGCUCGCAGGUGAAGCCUCUUUUCCAGUUCUUUGUACCAGAUGCCCUCAACGAUCGUCACCCUGAAGUCCGAAAGUGUAUGCUGGGUGCUGCCCUCUCAGCCCUCAAUACCCAUGGCAAGGAGAGCGUCAACUCCUUGCUGCCGGUGUUUGAGGAGUUCCUGAAGAAUGCUCCCAACGAUGCUAGCUAUGACGCUGUCCGACAGAGUGUAGUCAUUCUCAUGGGGUCACUGGCCAAGCAUUUGGACAAAAGCGAUCCGAAAGUAAAACCAAUUGUGGCCAAACUGAUAGCAGCACUUUCUACUCCAUCCCAACAGGUUCAGGAAUCCGUGGCCAGCUGCUUGCCGCCUCUCGUGCCUGCCAUUAAAGAAGAUGCUGGCGGGAUGAUCCAGAAGCUGCUGCAGCUUUUGCUGGAGUCCGACAAGUACGCCGAGCGAAAAGGAGCUGCUUAUGGGCUGGCCGGCCUAGUGAAGGGGCUGGGAAUCCUCUCGCUUAAGCAGCAGGAAAUGAUGGCCAAGCUGACCGAUGCAAUCCAGGACAAGAAGAACUUCCGGCGGCGGGAAGGAGCUUUAUUCGCCUUUGAAAUGCUCUGCACUAUGCUGGGGAAGCUGUUUGAGCCAUAUGUGGUUCACGUUCUGCCCCACUUGCUACUCUGCUUCGGAGAUGGGAAUCAGUAUGUCCGGGAGGCUGCAGAUGAUUGUGCCAAGGCUGUGAUGAGCAAUUUAAGUGCCCAUGGAGUCAAGCUGGUGUUGCCAUCUCUGUUAGCUGCUCUUGAGGAAGAUUCAUGGAGAACCAAAGCUGGGUCAGUGGAAUUGCUGGGAGCCAUGGCUUACUGUGCUCCCAAGCAGCUCUCUUCCUGCUUGCCAAACAUUGUGCCGAAGCUUACGGAGGUGCUGACGGAUUCUCACGUGAAGGUUCAGAAGGCUGGACAACAGGCGUUGCGGCAGAUUGGCUCAGUGAUCAGGAAUCCUGAGAUUUUGGCCAUUGCACCUGUGCUGUUGGACGCGUUGACCGAUCCAUCCAGAAAGACUCAGAAGUGCCUGCAAACCUUGCUGGACACCAAAUUUGUCCACUUCAUUGAUGCACCUUCCUUGGCCCUCAUCAUGCCGAUUGUCCAGAGGGCUUUUCAGGAUCGUUCCACAGACACCCGGAAAAUGGCCGCCCAGAUCAUUGGGAAUAUGUAUUCCCUGACGGAUCAGAAGGAUCUGGCUCCUUACUUGCCUAGUGUCACACCUGGAUUGAAAACUUCUCUUCUGGACCCCGUGCCUGAGGUGCGCACGGUAUCUGCAAAGGCACUGGGAGCCAUGGUGAAAGGCAUGGGCGAAUCUUGCUUUGAAGACUUACUGCCGUGGUUGAUGGAAACCUUGACCUACGAGCAAAGCUCGGUAGAUCGGUCAGGUGCUGCACAAGGUUUGGCUGAGGUUAUGGCCGGUUUGGGAGUAGAGAAGCUGGAGAAACUGAUGCCGGAAAUUGUGGCUACAGCAAGCAAAGUGGACAUUGCUCCCCACGUUCGGGAUGGUUACAUUAUGAUGUUCAAUUACCUGCCUAUUACCUUUGGUGAAAAGUUUACCCCUUACGUUGGGCCUAUCAUACCUUGCAUCCUUAAGGCAUUGGCAGACGAGAAUGAAUUUGUGCGGGACACAGCUCUCCGGGCAGGACAGAGGAUUAUAAGCAUGUAUGCAGAGACUGCCAUUGCAUUGCUCCUGCCUCAGCUGGAACAAGGUCUCUUUGAUGACCUUUGGAGAAUCAGGUAUAGCUCAGUUCAGCUGCUGGGAGAUCUCCUUUUCCAUAUUUCAGGAGUUUCUGGAAAAAUGACAACCGAGACAGCCUCAGAGGAUGAUAACUUUGGAACAGCCCAGUCGAACAAAGCAAUCAUCAACGCGCUCGGCGUGGAGCGACGGAACAGAGUACUGGCUGGGCUUUACAUGGGCCGCUCGGAUACCCAGCUAGCUGUUCGGCAGGCGUCCUUGCAUGUUUGGAAAAUUGUGGUUUCCAACACUCCUCGCACGCUCCGCGAGAUUUUGCCAACCCUUUUUGGCCUCCUGUUGGGAUUCUUGGCCAGUACUUGUGCAGACAAGAGAACAAUCGCAGCACGGACUCUGGGGGAUCUUGUCCGAAAGCUGGGGGAGAAGAUUCUUCCAGAGAUCAUCCCCAUUUUGGAAGAGGGCCUCAGGUCUGAAAAAAGUGACAAGAGACAGGGUGUUUGUAUUGGUCUAAGUGAAAUCAUGAAGUCCACCAGCCGGGAUGCAGUGCUGUGUUUCUCUGAGUCUCUUGUUCCCACCGUGAGGAAGGCACUGUGUGACCCUCUGGAAGAGGUCCGAGAAGCAGCAGCCAAAACAUUUGAACAGCUGCACUCGACAAUUGGAUACCAGGCCCUUGAAGACAUCCUGCCUUUCCUGCUAAAGCAGCUGGAAUGUGAAGAAACAUCAGAGUUUGCCCUGGAUGGUCUAAAGCAAGUUAUGGCUGUGAAGAGUCGAGUUGUGUUGCCAUAUUUGGUGCCAAAGCUUAUUUCUCCUCCUGUCAAUACCAGAGUCCUGGCCUUCCUGUCAUCUGUAGCUGGUGAUGCUCUUACCCGGCACUUGGGUGUAAUUCUGCCUGCCAUGAUGUCAGCCCUCAAGGAGAAGCUUGGGACAAAUGAUGAGCAGCAGGAGAUGCUCAACUGCCAGGCAGUUAUUCUGUCGGUAGAAGACGAGGCCGGUCAGAGGAUGAUCAUUGAGGAUCUCUUGGACACGACUCGCAGUGCCGAAGUAGGAAUGCGUCAGGCUGCGGCUGUCAUUCUCAACAUCUACUGUUCCAAGACAAAGGCAGACUACACAGCCCAUCUGCGCAACCUGGUCUCGGGCCUGAUCCGCCUCUUUAAUGACACCAAUUCCGUGGUUCUGAAUGAAAGCUGGGAUGCUCUCAAUGCCAUCAGCAAGAAAUUAGAUGCUGGCAGCCAGCUGGCCCUCAUUGAAGAUCUCCACAGGGAUAUUCGUAUUGUUGGCAACGAUGCUACCGGAGAACACGUACCUGGAUUCUGCAUUCCCAAGAAGGGCGUGACCUCCAUCCUGCCUGUGCUGCGGGAGGGGGUUCUGACAGGCAAUUCAGACCAGAAGGAAGAGGCAGCCAAGGCCCUGGGACUGGUCAUUAAGUUGACCUCUGCCGAAGCUCUGAAACCAUCUGUUGUAAGCAUUACUGGGCCCCUGAUCCGGAUUUUGGGAGACCGGUUCAGUUGGAAUGUCAAGGUGGCUUUGCUGGAAACCUUGAGUCUUCUCUUGGCCAAGGUGGGUAUCGCUCUGAAGCCAUUCCUGCCUCAACUGCAAACCACCUUCACAAAAGCGCUACAAGAUCCCAACCGGGUGGUCCGCUUAAAAGCUGCUGACGCUCUGGGGAAGUUGAUUGCUAUUCACGCCAAGGUCGAUCCUCUCUUUACUGAAUUAUUGAAUGGCAUUCGUACCAGCGAAGAUUCUGGCAUCAGGGACACGAUGCUGCAGGCUUUGCGGUUUGUAACUCAGGGGGCUGGAGCGAAAGUGGACGCCACUGUUCGGAAGAAUAUCACCACCGUGCUUCUCAGCAUGCUGGGACAUGAAGAGGAUGCGACUCGCAUGGCCUCGGCGGGUUGCUUGGCAGAAAUGUGUGCAUUUUUGACAGAUGAGGAACUCGGCAGCGUCCUCCAGAAUCAUCUUCUAGCGGAUGUCUCUGGCAUAGACUGGAUGGUGAGACACGGACGCAGCCUGGCCCUCUCAGUCGCUGUUAACACGGCUGCCAGCAGACUAUGUGCCCCUAAGUAUUCUAACAGUGUCCAUGAGAUGAUCUUUAACAACACGAUCGCUGACCGAAUCCCCAUCGCUAUCAGCGGCAUCCGAGGAAUGGGCUUCCUUCUGAAAUAUCACAUAGAAGCCAAUGAAGGGAGCCUGCCCCCGAAGCUCUCCAACCUCUUCAUCAAGUGUCUUCAGAAUCCAUCCAGUGACAUAAAAUUAAUUGCAGAGAAGAUGAUUUGGUGGGCCAACAAAGCCCCUCUUCCUCCCUUGGACCCUCCCGUCGCCAAGCCCAUCCUCAAGGCGCUUCUGGACAAUACGAAAGACAAGAACACCAGCGUGAGGGCUUACAGCGACCAGGCCAUCGUUAACCUCCUGAAGAUGCGAGACGGCGAGGAGAUGGUUCAGUCCACCUCCAAGAUCCUGGAUGCUGCUAGUUUGGAGCUGCUGAAUGAGAGCUGCCGGCGAUCACUGAAGAAGCUCGCUAACCAAGCUGACUCGGUCGAACAAAUUGACGACACCAUCCUGACAUGAGUCUGGAGAGGCAGGAGGAGAGUUGGCCCUUUGACCCUCACUGCAUCAGCAUUGCAGGUCAAAGCCAAUGAAAAUGUUUUCAUUUUUGAAAAUGCUAAUUCUGACAGGAGCUGAUUUAAAAAGAAGGGGGGGGGGAAAUAUUUUAAUAAAGAAAUAUACCAGAAUAGCCUUAAUUAUUCUGCUAGUUUAAAAAAAACAAUUUGGCCUGCCCUUUUUUUUUUUUUGGAAUACACUGUAAGCUAUUGAUUGGUAGUGAGUUAGUGGUGAAUUCACACAUCCCUCAGACUCUGUGUUGAAGGAGAAGUUUCCACUUGGGUUAAGUGGGAAUUAAAAUUUUGUCGAAAGCGGUUUGUUCUAAUAUACUGUUGGUUUGAUGUAGCUCUGAAAGCUGGUCAUUCUGCAGGUCAAACUAUUUAAGGAGCCUCAGAAAUUAAGAGGCACAAGGGGGAUGAAAAACAGCUGUUUGAAUGGCAAUUUAAUA